AUGAUAAGCAAGAAAGCACACCACCGUUCAUUAUCAACUAUUGAACCACCACAAUUUUUAUCUACAAAAGAGGUAUUUAUUUCUCCAAGGGUUUCUCUUGCUGGUUUUCCAAGUCAAGGAUUUUCUUCACCACCAACGUCACCAAGAAACAAUAAAAGAAUAAUUAUUUCUAAGUCAUUUCCAUCAACAGCAUUUAAUAAAUUAAAUUUCUUAAUUGAUAAGUCAAAAGCAGGCAAGUUUAUUCCUCAAUGUAAACUACCUACUAUUAUAACUCAAAAAAUAGAUGAAUGUGUUGAUGUUGCAUCAUUAGUUAAUUUAGUUGAAACUUAUGAAAUAUAUUUCAUAGAAAAUAUAAAAGAAAUUGAUUUAACCAAACCAAGAAUGGUUUUUUGGAGAAUGGAAGAAACACAUAGAAAUUUAUUUACUAAAUUGUUUGAUGGAAUCAAAACAAAUUCAAUUGUUAGUUCUGUACUUAUUCGAUUUCUUGUUGAAAAAUAUGACCAACAAUCAGAACAGAAUAUUAUAACUGACUUUCUUAAUAAAAUAAUAUUAAACAAAGAUGAAAUAUUUUCUUCAAAUGGAGACCCAGUAUAUAGAAGUGAUGGAAACAUUCUUGCAGCAAGUAGUGAAGUAUUAAUAGAUUUAAUGUUUGACAUAAAUGAUAGUCAAAGUAUUUUUGAUAUCAUGUUAUAUUCUAAUGCAUUAGUCAUGAAACCGUAUGAAUAUGUUUUAAAAUUAAAAAAGAAACAUUUAGAGUUAAAAGAGGUUAUAGAGAAAGAGUCACUUGAAUUAGUUAGAACAAAAAUAGAAAAAGCUAUAUUAUUACUUGUAGAGAUAAAUAAAUUAGAUGAUGAAACAAAAGAGUUAAUACAGGAAAUUUUUUCUGAUAAAAUCUAUUCUGAAGAAUUUACUGAAAAAUUACAAACUUGUUUAUAUCCAAAAAUUGAAGUUUUUAGUCUUCCUCAGUACAAAAGAACAGUUAAUGAUAGUACCAAUCAACGCAGACGUCGUAACACUAUUAGUUCAAGAAAUGGUUUACCAGUAAAUAUUCAGUACAAAUACGAGAAUAUUAGGUUUAAAAGUAUUAAAAGAAGAAGUGAAGAAAUAUUAGCACCUACAGUAAAACGAAUAUAUGAAGAACUAAUUAUUCCAAGAAAAAAAAGAAGUGAUCCUAAUCAAAUACUAGCUCUAGAAGUUAUUAAUACAGAUAAUAUUUGUGAUUUAGGAGUAGAUAUAUUAACUCAACAAUUUAUUUUUAGAGAUAUUAAAAUUCUUCAAUUAAUAUCAAUACAAGAAGUUAUGCUUGCUGACAAAGCACCUUCAAUACAACAAGCCAUUGAGACAUUAGUUAUUAUAGAAAAAUUAAUACUACAACUUAUAGUUGAUAAAAGCACUUUCAAAUUGUUUAUUAAAAUUGCAAUGAAAUGUUGUGAAUUAGGAGAUUUUAACAUUGGCUUUAUAAUGUACUCUUGUGUAGUUCAAAUUUCUGUAAAAAAUCCAUCAUUUCUUAAUGAACUUAAAAAGAGUAAGCUUAUAUUUGAACGUCUUCAAGAAUUGUUUUCUAUAUCAAAGAAUCACCAAAGUUAUAGAGAAGAAUUUGAAAAAAGAGAACCAGCUUAUCGUAUUCCAAUAUUAACAAUUUGGAUUCAUGACAUGUUAUCAUCUCUUGAAGAAGAAACUAAGAUAGAGUAUCGUUUCAAUGUAAGAAAAUUAAAAAACGUUUCUCUAUGUAUUAAAACUAUGAUAGAAUUAAAGACAAUAAAAAUUGCUGUUGAUUGUAUUUAUCCUGUACAGGAUUUUCUCUGUCAGUUUUCAUAG